AUGUUCGCGCGUAAGGUGUUCUGCGUCACCGGUGCCGCAUCGGGUAUAGGUCGAUCUACUGCAAUAAUACUAGCGCAAAGAGGCGCUGCUGCUCUCGCGGUCAGCGACGUGAAUGCAGCGGGUUUAGAUGAGACCGUCAGAGAGUGCGAGAAAGCUGGGGCCAAAGUCCUAGCUUCCAAAGUCGACGUCCGCCAAGAUCAUGAGGUGAAGUCCUGGAUCCAAGAGUCUUUCGCCAAGUUUGGCAGACUCGAUGGGGCUGCCAAUGUUGCUGGAGUCGCUGGCGGGACGGGAUCUACAAUCAUUGAGACAAUCGCACAAGAAGACUGGGACAGGACCAUAGGCGUCAAUCUCAACGGGGUUCUCAACUGCAUGCGAGCUCAACUACCGCUGUUACCCAAACCAGGAGGAGCAAUCGUCAAUGUGUCAAGCACCUCCGGCCAGAGAGGUCUACCGCACAGCGCCGCGUACGCAACAAGCAAGUUCGGCGUCAUUGGGUUGACAGAAUCAGCCGCUGGGGAAUACGGCAGGGAUGGCAUCCGGAUCAACACGAUAUUGCCCGGGCCGGUCGAUACCAAAAUCUUUCGAGACGGCGAGGCAUUGGGACUCUUUGACUCGGACACGCUUUCCAAGGAUACUUUGCUUCGCCGGAUGGGCCAACCUGAUGAGAUCGCAAAGGUCAUCUGCUUUCUCUUGAGUGAAGAUGCCUCAUACGUGACAGGAGCCGGAAAAGCCAUCUUCUCCCACACCUCAGGGACCCGAGAAUCGCACCAAGUUCUCUCGGGCUCAAUUCAAGUCCUCGCUUCCACCCACAACACACCACUCGACCUCUCCAGCGAGGCGGACAUUGAACAGUACAAGAUCGAUCGCACGCAGUCCCUGUUCCUGAGCUCGCGCGUCAUCGCACCAGACAAGGGCACCUCGGCGCUCGUCACGGUCCUCAACCCUGGCGAGGAGUGGCCGAUGCACAGGACCAUGACGUUUGACGUGGUGUAUAUGCUAGAAGGCGUGGUGGAGCUGCACCUCGACUCCGGGGAGAAGCGGGUCGUGAGGUCCGGCGAUUCGGUCACGCAGAGGGGGACGAAGCAUAAGUGGGUGAAUGUCACGCCGGACGGCGGGGUAGCGAAGGGGAUCGUCUUUGCGCAGGCUGCCGGAGAUGUUAUUCAAGCUGGAGGCUAUAGCCUCUCCAAUGGUUGGGAUUGA